UGCAGUUGAUGAGUGGAAUCAACCCUCAUCAAUGACAAUGACCCCUCCACGAGUUACAGGUACACGUGUAGGCGCCCAAUCCAGGUUCCAGCGGCUCCCCUGAUUGCGUCGGCCCGGCCAAUGGCCGAGGCGGGUUGGGUCAAGGUCCAGGUGGUUCUCACCAUAGGUGGACGUUGGAUUUGGUGGACAAAGGCCUUUGCUGCCCUGGGCUUGUUGGUGGGGGCCCAGGCAGGCAAGAACGAAAGCAAAUCACUGGACGGAGAACCCGAUUGGAGCUCUGGGGAGAGAUCCCAGCGAGUCAGAAACCUUACCUGGAAAGUACAGUACGGACAGGGCAGCGAGCAUCGGGCGGCUGCUUCCAAACAAAUGAAAAAACAACACAAGGGGAAAGGAUCCAGCCAGGCCUCUUUGUCUCAUGCCCAUCUCGCGCAUGUCCCAACGGGCUGCAAGGGAUGGAUGGAUGACGGUGCCGGAGCCGCCGGCAUCAACGGUCGUGGCUUGGAGACGUCAGUCCUAGGUCUCAGUCCUAACAGCCCCACAGCGACGCCCUAUUACCCCCCUCUGGCAGACAGUCCUGCAGAUCUAUACUCGGCACUAAAGAAUUGCGGUGUUGCCUGCCAAAAGCCAUGUACGGCUGAUGUGAGCAGAAGAACCCUCCUCAACAGCUACUGUGUAAGCGAUGAUCAGGCAGGUGCUGUCCUGGGCUUCCAGCUACCCUUUUGGCUAUGGCUGCCGACAGAGAACGCUGAUAGUGACUGGGCGAUCCCAUCAUUUGUCUCCUGGAUUUCGGCACUGCACCCUCGGUUGGUUGGAAUGGCUUGUGCCUGAACUGGGCGCUUCAAGGGCCAAUACCAAAGUCACUUGGUUGCGUUUCAGGCUCUUGGCAGAAGCCCUGGCAAGACCAACAAAGGAAUCUGAAACUUAACUGGAGGCAUUCAUCUGAGUAGGUCAGCUUCUGCACUUUUACACAAUUUUCGUGACUGCUCGGAUAGUAGCCUGAAGUCGAGUCGCCUCCUUCAAGCGCCCAAGGCUGGCGCUUCUCGAGCUAGGUAGUUAAGCGCCGUGAUGUGUGUUCGUUGG